AUGGGACAACGACUGCAGGUCAGAGCGGAGCGCGGAGCCUUGCCCACAGCUGCAUGCCUGCAGUCGUGGCUUGAGGCACAGUCCAUCAUGCUGAAACUCGUUGCGGCGAUCAUUUUGAAAUCUGCGCUGGCGGGCUUGAUGUCAGAUCUACCGCUCCCACGUUGCGAAGACUUUACGGAUGUGAAGCUGUAUGUGUAUGACUUGCCUGAAGCUUUCAAUGUUCAUCUCUACGAUGAGCUGGAGAAGCAGGCAACUUCGUCGGGGAGCAAUUGCGACUUCGUGCUCUCCUCUUGCGACGAGGAUCGGUGGGCUUUCAAAUAUUCUGUGGCGCGUCAGAGGGGAGAAGAGAUCAUCAUCCUCCGGAAGUUGAUCGCCGGACUUGCCUGCCCACAGGUGAAAGCUGCACGUCCUGAAGAAGCUGAUGUCUUUGUUGUGCCGUACUUGGCCGGGCUGGAUUGCUUCCUCGGUGGACAUAUGUUUCGCUGUCCUGCGAGGAAUAACAAGCAGGCAGCAGAGCUUUUUUCGCUUUUGGUGCAUUAUUCGCCUGCCACUCGGCAUCGCCACCUGUUCCUGGCGACGGCCGAUAUUCACAGCCUUCCUUUGCAGCUGCAGGCGCAACCUCUUCUUGUUUCACAUGGAACGACAUGGGGUCGUCCACCGGGCCAUUUGGUGUCCCCCAGUGCCGUAACAAAUGUCGUUGCACAAUUUGAUCUGCCUAGCCGCACCUCGAAUUUCCCUAUUUUGUUUUGGCUGGCUGCUUCUCCAACAAAUGUUUACAGACGGGCGCUUUUUGCUUUCUUGGAGCAGUUCGACGCGACACUCUUUGAAGCCGAACAUGGAGGACAACUUCUCCGAGCAGGCCGAGUGGUCAUCCACAGGUUGGAGCGAUUGCAAGACCAUCCUGCACCGCGGCAGUUUACUGAGGAAAUUCAGCAAGCGGCCUUCUGCCCGGUCCCCCCUGGCGAGACCUCUGGAGGCAUUAAGCGGCUCCUGGACGUGCUGCUGUCGGGCUGCCUGCCGGUGGUGAUCGUCUUCCCAACCAGCCUGGGGAGUGGGAGGAGCUGGUGGCGCGCUGAGGGGCCUCCCGUCGAGUGGAGCUUGCCUUUUCCUUGGGAGAUUGACUGGCAUAGACUGGUGGUGGAAGUUUCGGAGGCAGACUUCUGGCAGGGUCGCUUGGUGCCUUCCUGCCUGAAUUUAUCCAGCCAGGGGGAGCUGGAAAAACGCCAAUAUAUUGCAGAGGUGCGCAACUUCCUGCGGUAUGACCUCGCUGGCGGCAGCAGAGAUGCUUUCAGUCUACUCAUGGAUGGUGUCCGUUUGGCACUUGCAGACUCGAACAGACGCGGUCCCCAAGUCUGUUACAACACUCCUCGUCUGGCUUCACCACGUCGGGUAGACAAUGGCGGAGACUCCAUUCUUGAGAAGCGCUGGGCACAUGCUUUUUCGGAAAUCUCUUGUUUGGCUCCCUCUUCUUGGAAGCCAGCCGCUGCAUUGUACCACGCGACCACCCUGCAUCCAGUCGUGUUUGAACAAUACGCCCUCACGCGCUAUGCGAAAGGCUUUGGUGAUAGUGAUAGUCUCGCUGCCGGAUCUGUGUACGAGUAUGCUCGGACGGAUGCCACACUCAAGGAUCUAGCAGAUCAGAGACAUAUCCUCUCCACGUCCAUGUUUACUUUGUGCUAUGCCGUUCCCCCCACAGCAUGCCACGGCGGUGAUGAACUGGAGCCUUGCUCCACAAGCUCAACUCUCCCUUCUCCAACGCUUUGUCGGUUGCUGGCUGAUGUAAUGCCCCUUCCGCAUAACUUGGCGACCCAAAUGGUGCAGAUGGAGCUCAUUACGACAGCAUGUAGCAAGCGUGGGCUGGCCCUCCCAGGAGAAGGGAGCGGCAUGGGAAACUUGACGGAUCUCGUCCUCCACCAGGCAGUCUACAGUUCAUGUGACGAGGAGUUCAAUCCUGGGGGCAAGAGCAGCACGUGGCUGCUGCUCGAGCAUGCCCUGGCACGGCUGUACCAAGUUCGUGACGGCAGGCGUGUUCCCGACAUGCUUCUUCUGGUUGUGCCAUCGGAUUCCGCCCGCUUGCAAAGUAUUUUGGAGCAAUUCGCAGAACGAUUUGCGCGUCGAAGUCUUCGAGAAGCUGUGACCUCCGACUGGCUCUAUGUUGUGGAAAGCCCUCCCUCAGGACUGUCCUGGUCAUGUCAGGGCCACCAGUUCAUGUCCGUCGGCUGCCAAACGGAAGUCGUUCCCGAGGCACUGAUCUUUCCAACUGAGCUGCUGCGACGAGCACGAGCUCCGGACUUUGAGGCGGCCACGGCGUUGAGGAUGAGCUCUGAUCCACGGGAUCCGUUGAUGCUCGUGAUGGCCAUCUUCAUGGACAUGGGGGGAGUGGAUCUCAUUCAUGAAGGGUUGCCUUACGAGCCUGGUUCUAAAGAUGACCCUGGUCUCUCCGACGCUGUGCGUGCCUACGAGUCCUUCCAAGGCAUCGACCACUUCUCUUGGGACCACUUGGAAGGCCGCGUCAACUGUUUGCGUCAUGGCGGCUUCUUUUACCUCUUUGACUGGAAGCCCACCGAGACCAUUGCAGACCAGACGGAGGAGUCUCGACUCCUGUUGAUUAGUGCACUUGGACGGCUCACGGACGAGGAAUGGGACCAAGUUGCGAUUCUGGGGGUUUGCAUCACGAGGCAUCUAUCCUUUACUUUUCAGGACAAGUUGGAGGUAGGCUGGCACCAGUUUCUGAAGCACGUCGUCCACCUCCCGCGAAACCUCUUGGGCAUGCCAAUCCCCAAGCUCGCGACAAUCCUGGAGCCAGGACCGUCCUUGAAAAAACGAGCAGCUUCCGUUGUCUUUUGCUUCCAUCAUUCACCAUACGGUCCACAUCGAAGGCUUGGGCAGUGCAAGCCCUGCCGAUCCAGCUAUCAGGAACAACUUUCAAAUCUCUGCAAGCAUGCAACGCUUUUCUUUGCCCCAUUUUCGGUUCCGAGGCUGUGGGUAGACCUUGAUUACAAGAUUUAUUCCCUCUUCGAGCAUUCCCAUAAGACGGCCGGCCAACUGUCUCGCAGUACUGGCAUCAGACUUUAUAUACUUUACAGCAUACUCAUUGAUCAGACUUUCAGCAUAUGUUGCAGACCUUCAGUAACGGAGUCACAACUCUAG